AUGGCCAGCCCAGCACCCCCCCUUGGAAUAGCUCCUUUUAGAAGUAUCAUCAUACCAAGAGACUACGCGUACGACACGCCAGCCACGGCCGACCAAGAAGCCCACGACCUCACCAUCGACGAAGCCGAACCCCACCGCAACAGUCCCGCCAGCACCAGCGCCAGCGCCGCUCUGCUAACCUGGCACCAACAGCAAGCCGCCCAUGAACGCUACAGCACCUUCCCGCCGCCCGAGCUUCCCGGCGGCCGCCGCUCCAUCCUCGCGCGCAUCCUCGCCGGCCUGCACGCGUGCGCCGCGGGCGGUACGGUCUUCUUCGUCGGCUUUUUGGGGUUGAUGUUCCUGAUGGCCUGGGCAGUCGUGUAUCUGGCGGGCAAAAAUGCCGGGCGUGACCGUCCGAUGAUGAUGCCUUUGGGAUUCGCUUGGUAG